CUUUUCCGAUUUUUUGGGUUCCUGCAUCGAGUCAUGGAUCUUCUGGUCCCGACAUCUUCCAUCGCAAGCUCUGCAGAUCAUUUGAUUUCUAGAACCAUACACUAGACUCUUCUUCCCUUUCACUUACUUCACUCCGGACUUCGACCUUCUUAGCCAUUUGAAAUCACCUUCCUCACCUCUACUUCACCUCCUCCUACACCCAACAUGUCCACCAACGGCACCACCAAGAAAUCGUCCACCAUGACAUCCGACCCCUCCCAAUCCUCCUUCGCCGUCAAAGCCGGCCUGGCCCAGAUGCUCAAAGGCGGCGUCAUCAUGGACGUAGUGAACGCGGAGCAAGCCAAAAUCGCCGAAGAAGCAGGUGCAUGUGCCGUCAUGGCGCUCGAGCGAGUGCCGGCCGACAUCCGGGCCCAGGGUGGCGUGGCACGCAUGUCGGACCCGCAGAUGAUCAAGGACAUCAUGCGCACCGUCACCAUCCCCGUCAUGGCCAAAGCACGCAUCGGACACGUCGUCGAGUGCCAGAUUCUGCAGGCUAUUGGAGUCGACUACAUCGACGAGAGCGAGGUUCUGACCCCCGCCGAUCCCACCAACCAUGUGGAGAAGAGUGGGUUUGGAGUGCCGUUUGUGUGUGGAUGCCGGAACUUGGGCGAGGCGUUGAGGAGAAUCGCCGAGGGGGCGGCCAUGAUCCGGACGAAGGGCGAGGCGGGCACGGGCGAUGUGGUGGAAGCAGUGAGACACAUGCAGACCGUGAAUGGGGAGAUUGCGCGCGCGAGCUCGUCGACCGAUUCGGAGCUGCGGAUGAUGGCGAGGGAGUUGGAGUGUGACUAUGCCCUGUUGAAGCAGACGGCACAGUUGAAGAGACUGCCCGUCGUCAACUUCGCGGCUGGCGGCGUGGCUACCCCUGCAGAUGCAGCGCUUAUGAUGCAGAUGGGGUGUGACGGAGUGUUUGUCGGCAGUGGCAUCUUCAAGUCCGGCGACGCGGCCAAGAGGGCGAAGGCCAUUGUGCAGGCCGUGACACACUACAACGAUCCUCAGGUCUUGGCCGAUGUCUCGAGCGGGCUGGGAGAGGCGAUGGUGGGCAUCAACGUGGAGAAGUUGGACGGAGGUGCCCGUUUGGCGAAGCGAGGAUGGUAGAGAACAAUGACAUUCCAAGCAUAGCGCCGGCGUGACGAUGUACAUAACUCGAUCCCUACCUACUUUAUGAUGCAUUUUGUGCCUUCAAUUUGCCAGCGAUCUGGGCGUAUCUCAUCGUCUUCGCCGCCCUCCGACUCGAUCAGGGGGAGAACGCUCUGCUCUGCCGUAACUGGCGACUGCUGAGAAUGACCUUUGAGCACGUGCCGCCCGUUGUCGCCCAAAUGUCACAUCUCCGGGCGUCUAUCGAGGGCGAGGCGGCUGGAUUCCCUCUGCAUAGGCGUCUUCGAAACAAACG